CAGUCUCAAAAUUAUAGACGCCUUGGUAUACGUGUCAUUCAAAUAGCAUCCUAAGUGUGAAAGUUCGACGAUGGACUGUGCGCUAGAGGACUUCGGAUCAGAUCGAAGAUCAUUCGGAAAUGGUAAAACAACGUGAUGAUGUUAUUAAUUCGUUGAUUUAACAGCGACGUUUAACCACUGAAAAACGCCCGUUCGUCGCUCCACUUAUUAUGAUGGAUGCCUGACAACGGGCCAAAACCUAACCGAUUCCUGGUUUCAGUUCUGAACCCUCAUAAGCAGGGUCUACUGAGGUCCAUCGUCGGCACCCAAUCGGAGUCACUCGGAACCGUCGCCGGUUAGUCCGGUUUCGGGAGCCACGUGUGUACGUCUGAUGGGUACGGGCCGACGAAACAUAAGAAUCGAGCGCUUCGGAAAAUCUUCCAGAGUCCCAGACUUACUCUAGAAGCUAUCCGGCGAAGCGCACAUGUAAUACUUGAAAAAUAUAUACUUACUCGUUAACAAGUAAUAUUAUAUGUUGCAUGAAAAAUAGCUUGCAAAAUCCGCGAAUAUCAACUCCUAUAGAAUAUAUAUUUUAUUAUAUUCAGUUAGUAUUAUUUUAAUAGUUAUACAUACACUAUGAACCAGACUGAUAAGUUUUUGAACCGAACUAAUUUAAGUUAGGUACCUACCUACCGAGUCACCGACGCUUGCUGCUAGAGGUACACAAUCAAUUAUCGCUUGAUUUUCCCUUGACCCUUGAACCUUUUUUAAUUAAUUAUAAUAGGUAGGUAUUUGUGUAAAUUAUACUAAAAACGUCCCACCGGAGGGAUAGGGUUGUCGAGGCCGGUUAUUAUUGUAUAACUGCAGUUUAAUUCGAUCAGAUAAUCUAGUUUCGUUUUUUCAUUCAGUAGAAAAUAAAGAAAUGAUAUUCUAGAAUAGAUAUCAAAAAAAAAUUUAGGCAAAUUCUAGAGGUACCUAUUCAGUCUGACAAGAAAUCGCAAUGUUUUGAAUUUCCUAAUACCUGUAGAGUAGGUUUCUAUAAUAGGUAAUUUAUUAUUUACAAAUUAAGGUCCCCACUAUGAUUCACUUAUUAGUCGAUGGUCGAUGAUCUUUGAUCACCCAAAGGGAUACAAAAAUGCUAAAUGUUAUAUGGUAUACAUGGUAUACUCAUAGAAGAUCGACAUUAGAGUUGACUAAACAGAGAUAAUAAUAUACUUGUAAAAUAAAUAUUAUAUUGUAGAUGUAUUUUAAUAUAAUAUUUAAUAUACCUACAACUCGUAUAGUGCACAAAAUAGAUUUAUCUAUUCUAUUCUCUGAUUAGAUUGUACGUGGGUUAGUCAGCCGUAAAUGAUAAGGAUCUUAUAACUAGUAUUCUUAUUGUAUUGGACACACUGUUGUCUUCAACUAGUUACUACUAUAUUACAGUUGGUACCACUAGUACAGUUGUGUUCAGCAUCAUAGAUAUGUAUAUCAAUACUAUAAUACUAUUACAAGUCUGCGACUACGACGUCAUUUCUACUUGAUAAUACCAUAGUCAAAACAUACUAAUUUUUAAAAACUCUAAUUAAUUAAUUUUAUUAUUGUCAAUUUUAACACUUGAUGAAAUUAUAUUAUACUGAUAAUUUACGGUUCUUUUUAGAGUUAAAGAAGUCAGUUGUGCUUCUGUUAACUAAUUAGUAGUUUAUUCGUAAAUACUACAAAAAAAAAGGUUUGUUUUAUUUUAUAUUAUUUGUGUUCAGUGAUCGAUCUGGAAAAAAGUAGUAUAUUAAACAUUAAAUAACUUUAGGUAAAGCAAUAUCAUAGAAUGUAAUAUAAUAUAGACAAGGUAGAAUACUAGGUAAUUGAUAAAAAUAAAUACUCCUAAGGUCAUUUCUUCCACUGUUCUUUAAAUUUGUUUUUGAUGUUAUAUUUAUUAUUGUUAAUAUUUGAUGAAUUUCACAAACAAAACAAAUAUUAUUUACUUACUCACCGGUAAAUAAUAUUUGCUUAUUAUCUAAAGCCUUAAUUACAUUGGACGAAUUUACAAGUUAUUGUUGACAAGUUUACUUACUAGUGCUUAACUUGUUCAAUCUAUCAAUCUAAUGGACUCUUGUGACAAUUUGUUUUUAUAUUUACCUAAUUAAAGUGUUAUUUUUUCCAGAAUAUCAGUUUUAUUUACUAUGUGCAUUCAACGAGAUAAAGAUGACCCGGGAGACAUAGUAUUUCCGUAUCCACUACUUGAGUUUAUUGAUUUAACAGAACUCACUGAAGAUGAAGUCCUCAAUAUAAACUUGAAUGAUAGAAACGAAGCAAAUUGGAACCCUUAUAAUCCAUUACCAUCUAGUGAUGAAGAUGAGCCGGUGAUUAUUUAAAACUUAAUAUUUAUUUUUUUGUACCUAUUGUAAUAACCUGAUAUUAAAUAUCCUGAAUUAUAUAUAAAAAAAAUGUAUUACUAAGUACUUCACACAUUAAAUGAAAAUUAUUUUCAAAAUCUAUUGAGUUAUACUGAUUAGUUUGACCAGUCAGAAAGCAGGAAGCACCAACAAAUUAGUAGCUCUAAAAAUAUAACUAUAUAUAUUUUCACAUCUGCCUGUCUGUCACAUUAUUAAUUUAUAUGAUUACUAAUAAUUUUAUAUUAAAUUCUAAAUUAGUGUUUCUAAAAAAUCGUACCAAUUUUUCGUUUAAAAAUGUAAGUUUCUAAAUGUAGUAAAAUUUAUUUUUUUUCUUUAGAAAAUAAUGCAAUUAUUUUUGAUUAUCAUUUAAAAACCAUUAAAAUACUCGAGUAAAUGAAAUAAAUUAUUUGGUUGUUACUUUGUAUACAAAACUUGACAUUAAACUCCAUGCUGAUAACAUUAUUAAUACAACGUCAACCACACUGGGAUUAAACUCUCGUGUAAAGAUUCUUAUAAUACUCAUGCUCUUAAAUUAUUGUAUUACUCAAUGGUACAAUUAAAAUUAGAAUAUGCAAAUUUAAAAUGAUACACCGAUUCUAUAACUCAAAAUCAGUAUUUAUCUGUUUUAUGUUAACAAUGUAUUGAAAGAAGGUGUAUAGAUCUCAUCCUUCUGAUUACAAUAUUGUAAAUAGUUUUUUUCUCAAUUUCAAUAAUAAUAAAAAAAAAAGAAGAUAUAAACUAUUAAGUUUAAAAUGUCUUCACAAAUUGCUAACUAAUAUUAUAGAUACAAACCAUUAUUUUAUCUACCAAAUAUAUGUUAUUUUCCCCAUCCAAUAUAUUAAUGUCUAUAGAAAAUAUAAAUAACUUAGAUUUCAUUCUCCACUUAAAGAUCUUUGUAUAUUUAUUCAGUAACAUUCUUUUUUCUUUUUUUAUUAUAUAUAUAUAUAUAUAUAUAUAUAUUCUCUCAUCCUCUUUUUGUACUCAUUUUUUAAAUUGGAAUUUAUUCUGCAAUAAACAAUAUUAUCACUAUUAUUAUCAAAUAAAAUAUGUGUCAUCUUUUAUAAAAUUAAAUUCCAUAUUUUUUUAGUGAGAUGUUAAACCUUAAUAUAAGGAUUAAUAUACAUUAAUACAUUUUAAAUUAUUAGAUAAAAUACAAUUUUGAGAACUAAAAUAGUUUUUAUAAUAUACACAGUGCUAUAACACCUAAUUGGGACAAUUUCUGUUAAUCAUAACUAUUUAAUAUAAUUAAAUUAUUUUUCUAUUAUUGCUUAUAUUUUUAGUGUAGGAGUAAUUUAAUAAACUCAUUAGUCAAAAGAGACUAUUUUUCAGAUGAUUUAUUUGUUUCAACUGGUCUUAACUAAUCAACUAGUUUAUGUGGCAUAAAUCUGAAAUCUCUAACCCCUUUGAAACAAAAUAAUUCAUAAAUUUAUAUAUUAUUAUUAACUAUAUUAAAUGAAAAAAUGUCAAUAUGAUAUUUUUAAAAGCUAAUUAUUAUAUUUUAUUUAAUAUUAAUAAAAUAUAACUUCUAUUUUGUUUAAAUAUUGCAAUUUAGAAUACUCUAAAUAUAAAAACUAUUUACCUUGUAAAUCCUUAAAUUCGUGUAAAUAAAACAAUUUGAACUAUAUUCAUACCAAACCUGAAUUUAAAAUAUUUUAAUAUUACGAUUUAGGCUAUGCAUUAAUAUUGGGUAAUUUUCUGAGAAAACCUUAAGUGAAUUCAAUUUUUGUUUUUUAAUCAGUGGAAUUAUUUAAGUUUUAUUUACUCCCCUCUCCUUUAAGACUUGGAUUGGAAUACAGAAUAUUUAUUUAGCAAUUUUAAUAUGCAUAACGCUAAUAUCAGAUUCAUUGUUUAUGAUUUAUAAUAGUUUAAAGUAUAGACUGGAGAGGUAGGGAAAGGUUAUAAAUUGAUACCACUUUAAUAAUCUCCAAGUCCAAACUUUAAGAUUUUCAUGAUAAAUGAAUCACUGUAUAUAUAUUUAGAUAUAAUAUACACAGUUGGAUUUGGUAUUUAGACACAUACAAACAAAUGUUGGGUUUUCAAAUUUCUUUUUAUCAGUUUCCCGUAUUAUUUUUAGUAUCAAUGAAUAAUAAAAUACCUGUAGUUCAGAAAUGUAAAGUUCAAAAACUGAACAUUAAUAGGUGAAUUUUAAACAACUCGACCCAUCUCUAUUGAUAAUUUAUUAUGGUUAAUUAUAAAUUAUAAUACCUUUACUUUAAUAUUAUUAUUAUAUAAUUCAGUAGUUAUGUAUGUAUGUAUAAUGCAUAUAAUACUUAUUUAUUGUUUUAUUAUAGUAAAAAUCAUUCUAUUAAAAACAAUUUUAUUUCAGGAGGUUAUAAAUAAUGAUGAUGAUGAUGAUGAUGAUGAUGAUGAAGAUGAUGAUGAAGAUGAUGAUGAUAAUAACAGUGUUCGUAAUACUGAACCAGAUAUUACAGAUGAUUCAUCAAAUGAAACAAAUCAACUUCAAGAUAUAAACCCACCAAUUAUACCAAGAUCCAUUAGAGAAAUUCAUUUUGAAAUCAAUCCCAUCCAGGAUUUCCGACAUUUUGAACUGAAUGUACCUCAAAUAUUGAUGUCAAUGUCGAGAAUAUCGCAUGAAUUAUUUGAAGAUACACAUCCACCUUCUCCCUAAAUAAUAGUCUAUUCUAUGUAUGUAUGUAUGUAUGUAUGUAUGUAUGUAUGUAUGUAUAUAUAUUAUUUUAAUGAGUUAACUACAAAUUUUAAAAAAAGGAACAUUUAUUAUAUUAUACAAAUUUAAACAUUUUUACAAGGUUCAUAUGAUUUUAAUAAUUGUGCUACAUUAAUUAAGUAAAAUCCAAUUAAUGCUCCCAAUGCUGACCCAAUUUGUGUGAUGCAACCGUAGUGGAAAAGUCUUCUGUUACCUUCAUUACGCAGUAUGGCUGCAAUUGAUAGUUUCACAUAAGAAGCACAUCCAAAGAAUAAAACCCACAUAAACACCUAAAAUAUUAUAAAAUAAGAUUAUACAUUUUUAAAUAGUUAUUAAAAUGUAUGAUAGAAAUUGGAAAGAAAACUAGUUUCCUUGUAAUUAAUCUUAAAUUAGCAUAACUUUUACCUUUUGUUAUUGGUGUUCGCUACACUUUUAAUUAUUUUACUAUACCAUAUAUUAAUACUCCCAACUAAUACAAAAUUAUUUUAAUCAUUUCUUAGGUAAAAUUGUAGUUUAAAACAAUUAAUUAUAUAAAUAAAAUAUUAGAUUCCAUUAUAUAUUUUAUAAGGUAUUCAAAUAUCAUUAGUUAGUAUUAAGUAAAGUACUGUAAAUUUGGUUUAUAUUAGUGAUGCUAAUCAUUUUUAAUUUUUUACAAACUAUUAUACAAAAAAAAAAAACAGUAAAACCUCGAUUAAUUGUCAUUCUCAUUGACUCAUGAAGUUAAUAAUCGAAAAUUUGAUUAAACCAAGAAAUUAACUUUUUAAAUUUACUACUCAUGCAUACAUAUAGUUAACAAUUAUUGUUUUUCGAAAAGUCUGUUUAUUUUUUUUUUGAUCAUACCACGUACUUUUUGGCUAUCAUAUCUCUUCUAUUCUUUCAUGAGUAGAGAACUACACAUUAUCAUUGUUAUUAUAGUUAAAAAUAAUCUACUUGAAAAAUAAUCAUUUGUUAUUGAUUUGUCAAUGAUGGUUUGUCUGUUUCGUAUGACUAUUGCAUGUAGUUGUAUCUAUUCUUUGGACAAUAGCUAUGAGGCUCGGCACAAAACCGCUGAUACCCUCUCCGACUAUGUACAUAACUAAAUAUAUGUCUUAAUAAUUGCCCUAAGAUGGUAUAAAUAAUACAGAACUAGUACAUCCAACUAACGCCAUAGUGAAUAUUAAUAUACACAAAACUAUACUGUGUAGUACUUUUUGGCUGUCAUAUCUCUUCUAUUCUCUCAUGAGUAGUAGCAGUUAAUCAAGGUCCUACUGUAUAACUAUAUUGGCCAUUGUUUUGUAUAAUAUUAAGACACUAUACCUGUGUUAUACCUAUUUUAGUUCAACCAAUAGGCAACAGUAAAAUUGUGAUGUUUAGGUUAAAAACAUGAAUAGUGUCUUAACCUAGUUUAUGUUUUAAAUACUUUUAAAAAAUGGUAUACAUAUUUUGUAGUUUUUUACUGAUAAUUUAGUAUGUUUAGUUUAGCUAUAAAGUAUUGUAAUUUAUAUGAUACUUGCAUUAUAAUGUGAAUUUUAUAUAAUAUUAAUAUUUGUUGUUCAUGAUAUAAUUAAAUUAUUAAUUUAUAUAUUUACAUAUUAAGUGUGUGUGUAUUCACUCCUAUAGAAAAAUAAAUAAUAUAAAGCUUUCAGAAAUAUAUUGUUUUUAACUUACAAUUAAAAUCGCUCCUGUAUUUGUGUUGUAGAGAGGCGAUGUUGGACUUGUAAAGGCAGUCAUCAACAUGUAUAUUAUUGAUAUUAAACAAACACUGCAUAAUAUGAAUAUCACAUGUUUAGAUGUUCGAUUUGUAUAAUACGCAAUAAAACACGCUAUAGGAUUUGCAAUAUUAGAUAAAUUGGUUGCCAAGUGAUAUGCCAUAUAUCCAUACGGUAAACAAGAGUAUGAUUGAAUGCUUGGCAAUAAUCCAUUUGCAAAAAAUACAAUUACACCUAGUAUUGCUAAUAACAAUUUGUUUAAAUGAUUAUUAACUUUGGUUAUAUUACUAUUAUGAACUUCAACACUUUCUGAUUUUGUUUGAAUUUUUUCCUUUUUACAAGUUGGUGAAUAUUCAAGACAUAAAUAAGAUACUGUGCUACCACACAUUAUCAUUCCUAUUAUAGUAAAAAAUAAUCCACUUGAAAAAUAAGCAUUUGUUAUUGAUUUGUCAAUUAUGGUUUGUCCGUUUCGUAUGACUGUAUUGCAUGUAGUUGUACCUAUUCCUUGGACAAUAGCUAUGAGGCUCGGCACAAAACCGCUGAUACCCUCUCCGACCAUGUAUGUAACUAAAUAUAUGUCUGAAUAGUUGCUUAAUGACGGUAUAAAUAAUACAGAACUAGUACAUCCAACUAACGCCAUAGUGAAUGUUAAUAUACAUAAAACUAUACUGUGUGGUUGACCAAAAAUUUCACCAGAAAUAUUGUAGAACAUUGCCAUUAAGAACACGGAUAUGAUACCUAGCAUGAGUAUGAAUAUGGUCAAUGGUCUAUCAAAUCGAUUCCCAUAUUUCUUGCGCCAUAGGCUGUACAGUAAUGGACCCAAAUUACCGAUUUGUAUUGCGAUUGAUAUGUAUGAUGGUAAAUUCCAUCCUUCUGGUGCACUUUGAACAAGCAAAGGCAAUUGUGUAUACAAACUAUUGACCAGUAUCCAAGAUCCUACUCCAAACAUGCACGUCAAUAGAUCCAAAAACCUGUUGGAAGAAAUAUGUGUUGAUAUAAAUUUUAAUUCAAUUACAACAAAAUAUUAUUGUUGUUUUCAAAUUAUGUAAACUGAAUAAUACAUACUUAAUUUAUAAUUGCACUCAUUGUUUUAAUGUAAAGAAAAAUAAACAAAAUUGCAAUUUCUAAUUUUAGUUAUUAAUAAAAUAAAUUUAAAGCAUAUUUAUAAUAAAAAACUUACCAUUUUCGUUCAACUAUAGAGUUUGUUUCUAAGCUGUAUACUUUCAUUCGUUUAUGUUUUAAAUAAGUAUUUUCAUCAACCCUAAAAAAAUAUCAAGCAUAAUCAAUACCAUAAAUCAGUUAGGUGCUUAGUGAAUUGCUAAAAUUAUAAAAAAUAUUUUUUUUUUUUUUUUAUUACAAAAAAAUUGUUU